AUGUCUCAAGCUCGAAGGGUGAGAUUUGCUAAGAUAAAAUUGGUGGGUCAAGCUGGAUUGUUUUGGACCAAUGUUGAAACUCAGCUAGAGAGAGCUGGUGAAGAACCAAUCAUCCAUUGGGGUGAGAUGAAAGAAAGGUUGAAGCAGAAAUAUCUACCAUUAUCCUAUGAACAGAGUUUGUUGGACGAGUGGCAAACUCUUCGUCAAGACGACAUGCCAGUUGCUGAAUAUAUUGCUAAAUUUGAGGAAUUCAUGCUGCGAUGUAACAUAAGGGAAGAUCGAAGGAUGACUCUUUCGCGGUUUAGAUCAGGACUUCGUCCAGAGCUUCAAAGAGAAUUAAUUCCUCAUACGGUGAAUACCUUAGAGAGGGUUUUUCAGAUAGUACAAGAAUUAGAGAAGUAUUUGACAUCUUCCAAUGUAGUCAAGCGAGUUGAUCCUUACAAAUCUGAUUUUCGUGCUGGUACAUCUGGGACAAAGCCUAAUGCAACGUCUAAGGGUCUCACAACGACAAGUUCAGUUAGAAUUGACAAAGGAAAAGGAGCACUAGUGGAUACACGAAAUGGUGGAACACAAAGAUGUUAUAAAUGCCAAGGUUUUGGACACUUUGCUGUCCAAUGCCCAACGAAGGAGACAACAAGAAGUCUGAUCACAAACAUUGACAAACAAACUGACGAUCAAGGCGAUUUUGAGGAAGAUGUUUAUGAGCCCCAACAACCUGCUGAAGAUUGUGGAAACGACUUUGAAGCCCCUCAUCCAACAUUAUCAGUAGUAAGGUGUACUUUGGCUCAACCUAGGAAAGAAACUGAGGAUUGGCGUAGAACUUCCAUUUUUCACACUUACAUCAAGUCUGGUUAUAAAGAUUGGAAAGUGAUCAUAGAUAAUGGCAGUUGUAUCAAUGUUGUAUCAACACUUACUGUCUCGCAUCUUGGCUUAUCAACCGAAAAGCAUCCUGAACCAUACAGAGUAGCAUGGAUCGACAAUACUUCUUCCAUCCCUGUUACCCAGCGAUGUCAAGUUCCUAUUCAAUUCUCGUCUUACAAGUAUCAUAUUUGGUGUGAUGUGGUGGCCAUGGAUGUGGGUCAUAUUCUCUUGGGAAGGCCAUGGAUAUACGAUCACAAUGUGACUAUCUUAGGCCGAGAAAACAUUUGUUCAUUCAUCCACAAAGGGAAGAAAGUCAUGUUGAAGCCACUUCAACCCAAGAUUGUGAAUAACCCUACACCAAGCAAGGAGGAAAAGAGUCAAGUAAGCAAAUCCAAAGCCUUGCACAUCAUUACUUUGAAAGAAUUUAUUAAAGAAGUAGAAGAUGCCCCCAUAUAUGUUCUAGCCGUAAGGGAAUCAGGGCGUUUCACUAAUAUGGAAGUGCCUUCCACGGUGAGACCGAUUUUAGAAGAGUAUCAAGAUGUGUUCCCCGAUGAUCUCCCAAAUGAACUUCCUCCUCUCCGAGACAUUCAACAUGCGAUUGAUCUUGUUCUUGGGAGAGCCUUAGCCCUUGUGCCGUACCCGCUUUACUCACACCCAAGAAAGAUGGCACGUGGAGAAUGUGUAUAG